UCAGAAAGAUUUUCAACACUCAGAUGUGUCAUUUCCUCUCUUCAUGGACUAGACGUUGAAAUACUAGGAGAUAAAGAUUUGGGGUUUCAAUUUUAAAGAGAGGGAAGCGGAUAAAUCAUUGCUGCCUUCUCCAAGAAGUCACGGAGUAUGGCGCGGUGGAACAGUUUCACUGAUCAGCAGGAGGACAUUGAUAGCUAUUCUGAAUCUGUGAAGUUUGAUGCUCGUGCCAUGACAACCUUGCUUCCUCCAAAUCCUAAAAAUGGUCCUCCACUUCAAGAAAAACUGAAAUCCUUCAAAGCUGCACUGAUUGCCCUGUAUCUCCUGGUGUUUGCGGUUCUCAUACCCGUGAUUGCCAUAGUGGCAGCUCAACUCCUGAAAUGGGAAAUGAAGAAUUGCACAGUUGGUUCAAUUAAUGCAAAUGGUAUCUCUUCAAGUCUCAUGGGAAAAGGAAAUGACAGUGAAGAUGAAAUGAAAUUUCAACAAAUUGUUAUGGAACACAUUAACAACAUGGAGAAAAGAAUUCAAUAUAUCUCAGAUACUGAAGAAAAUCUCAUAGAUUUAGAGCAUUUUCAAAAUUUCAGUGCGACAACUGAUCAAAGGCUUAAUGAUGUUCUUUUCCAACUAAGUACCUUGGUUUCCUCAGUCCAGGGACAUGGGAAGGCGAUAGAUGAAAUCUCCAGUUCCUUAACAAAUCUGAAUAUGACACUGCUUAAUUUGCACCUCUACACAGAAACACUGAAUGGAAAAAUCCAAGAGAUUGCACUUGAAGAACAAGAGGAAAUCAGCAAAUUAAAGGAGCGUGUGCACAAUGCAUCAGCAGAAAUUAUGUCUAUGAAACAAGAACAAGCUCGUUUGGAACAGGAAAUAAAAGGAGAAGUGAAAAUACUAAAUAACAUCACUAAUGAUCUCAGACUGAAAGAUUGGGAACAUUCACAGACAUUGAGAAAUAUCACUUUAAUUCAAGGCCCUCCUGGACCCCCAGGUGAAAAAGGAGACAGAGGCCCAAUUGGACAAAGUGGCCCACCAGGCGUUCCAGGUCCAGUAGGUCCUCCAGGCCUGAAAGGUGAUCGAGGAGCGGUUGGCUUUCCUGGAAGUCGAGGGUAUCCAGGACAGUCAGGGAAGACUGGGAGAACAGGAAAUCCUGGACAAAAAGGCCAGAAGGGGGAAAAGGGCAGUGGAAGCGUCCAAACUCCAAAUAAGACAGUUCGGCUGAUUGGUGGCAACGGCCCUCAUGAGGGGAGAGUGGAGAUUUUACACAAUGGCCAAUGGGGUACAAUUUGUGAUGAUCACUGGGAAUUGCGUGCUGCAAAUGUUGUCUGCAGGAGUUUGGGAUACCCAGGAGUUAAAAGUGUGCACAAGGAAUCUUAUUUUGGACGAGGCACUGGUCCAAUAUGGCUCAAUGAAAUGCUCUGUUUGGGGAGAGAAUCAUCCAUUGAAGAGUGUGCUAUCAGACAGUGGGGUGUGAGAGUCUGUUCACAUAUCGAAGAUGCUGGAGUCACUUGCACUUUGUAAUCCAUCAUCAUUCAUUGAAAAAUCAUUUUUAUUACCUUUGCUCCAAUAAAAUUACUUUAAUGAAGAUUUAAGAGAUAAUACCGUUCAGGCAGCUGCUUUGAGGCGGUGGUUAAAGUUGAUCUCUGCAACCCUGAGAUCCCAAUAGAUGCUGAUUCUUUCUGGCUGCUCCACUUCCAAUCCAGCACCCCGCUGAUGGCCUAGGAAAAGCAGUGGGAGCCCCAUGGGGGUACACGAAGAAGCUCUGGAUUCCUGGCUUCAGGUUGGC